CCAGAUUUUAUUUAAGAUAACGAAUGUGGUCCUUGCUUUUCCAAUUCUGGCACUGACAUCCUCCUCCGCAAUUAUGACUAGUUUUCUGUCAAAUGUAUUAUUUAGGUGAUGUUUGGUAGGCCAAAUAAAACGCAUUGGCGGGCUGGUUUUAGCCUGCGGGCCAUCUAUUGAGAACAUCUGCUGUAAACAAACAAGCAGGCUUUGAUUAUUGCGAGGGGAUUUCAAAGUCACUGCUAGGAUCUGGAACAACUGGUUUUGUAGGUUUGGUAUCAUUUGCCACAGCAAGGAUUUUUUAUGUCAUCAGCAGCAACCGGACAAUAUUUAACUUUUUUUUUUUUACCGUGGCUUCGUCUCACUGUCAGUAUAAGCUCAUAAAUUGGACUCAGUGUACUGUAUUGCACUAUCAAGUCAUACUUGCAAGACCAUAAUGAUGUAAUGACACUCAUGAAUACAUCAAGUUGAGACACGCCCGUCUUUUGGGAGUUGCCACAGUGGCUGUUUGACACGCAGUCGUGACCAAGGAAGACAAACUGAGAAGACAGCAUGCACUGCAAUGAGAACCUGAUCAACUAUCUUAGCUUUGGGAUCAUCCUUGCAGGACUGUGGCAUCUGUACCACCACAAGAAAUACCAAGCUUGCUAUGGCCGCCACUUGGCACAAACUCCUCAAACCAGAUUGGUCCCGGCCCGACUGGCUUGGUUCCUCCAGGAGUCUCCAGCUCUUCUUGUUCCUCUGCUUCUGAUGCUCACGUCACAAAAAACCUCCAGCGUGGGGAGGGUGCUCCUACUUGGAACCUUUUGCCUGCACUAUUUUCACAGAACAUUCAUCUAUUCACUCCUGACUAAAGGAAAACCGUUCCCCCAGGAUGUGAUGUUAGGAGCAGGUUUCUUCUGCUCCGUGAAUGGAUUCUUGCAGGGCCACUACUUGCUGCAUUGUGCUCAGCUGGAUGAGCAGAUGUCUGACUGCUGCGUUCGCAUUGGCUUACUAUUGUUUUACACGGGGAUGGCCAUCAAUAUUCACAGCGACUACAGCUUACGUAACUUGAGGAAACCGGGAGAAGCGAUUUACAAGGUCCCAACAGGAGGCUUCUUUGAAUAUGUGUCCGCUGCCAAUUACUUUGGAGAGAUUCUUGAGUGGUUUGGGUAUGCCGUGGCUACUUGGGGCCUUCCAUCGUUUUCUUUUGCAGUGUUUACUGCAUGCUUCAUCGGACCAAGAGCCAUUUACCAUCACAGGUUUUACAAGAGGAACUUCAAGGACUACCCAAAGUAUCGAAAAGCUUUGAUCCCCUUUCUACUUUGAGGAGAAGCAUUAAGAUGUCUACCCAUCAAGCGUGGUCACAGUGAGUCACGUUGAAAACAUCAUGCAUGGAUAUGAUGCAGGAGUGCUACACUCUUGUCUUACUAGAUUGCAAUCGUCCGAUAGGACAGUUAUUGGUCCUAAGGAUUCAGCGAAGGUGGCAUCCAAUUAACUGCUCUCUCUCCUAGACGGGUUCCAACCAGGUCCAAAGGAUAAAAUACAGAGAAUUGUGGAGGUAUUCUUUGGGCUAGGAAAUAAAACUAACACGAGGUCACUUUUAAGUAGCACACUAUCUUCACCAUAUUGUAAAGUAAAAGGAAGUAUACUGUAUGUUGCUUCAGAGAUAGAAAUAGAAAACUUUUCGGUUAUCAGAAAAUACAGGAAUAAACAUGGUGGGGGCGUUUGUAUGUAUAUUCACCAGGAUAUAAAAUACAUAACUCGCACUGAUCUUAACCACAAUGACCUUGAAUCUGUGUGGGCGGAAAUCAAAUUUUAAAACGCUAAGCCGGUACUGAUAGGGACUGUUCACAGACCCCCUAAUCAGAGUGAUUUCUAUGGGGCUUUGGAGAAGUGCUUAGCUGGGGCAGACAACAUGGAGAAAAUUAUAACUGGGGAUCUGAACACAGAUAUUCAACGCAGAGAUGCGCCUGUCUUCAGAUCCUACAGCAAGUUUUGUAAUCGACACAGUCUUUCCCAGCUAAUAACACUACCUACAAGGGUGUGUGAUUCCACCCAAUCAACCAUAGAUCUCAUUCUCACUUCAGACCGGCUUAAAAUAAAAAAUAGUGGGGUCAUGAUCUGUGGUCUUAGCGACCACUAUCUAACCUUCUGCACCCGCAAAAUAGCUAAACCCAAAGCCAAUGGCCACAUAACAGCCCAAUCCAGAUCCCUUAAAAAAUACUACAGUGAUAAUAUCAUUUUAAAAUUAGAAGAGUGGGACUGGUCCCCUGUGCUCACGAGCAACCUGGUCGAUGUUGCUUGGGAUCGCUUCAAAACAGCGUUCCUAAAGAUGCUAAAUGACAUGGCUCCCGUGAAAACAGUCAGGAUCAAAGCCCGCUCUGAACCAUGGAUGAAUCCGGACCUACUAGCUGCCAUAAAAGACAAAGACAGAAAAUACUCCGAAUACCAUAAGUGUAAAACAGAAGUAGAUAAACAACCCAAUAAUAACAACCUCAAAUCACUCCUUUCAACUCUCAAAAAGCAAUGCAAUAAAUUGAGAAAUAAGUCAACUAACCUGACUAAAUCCUUUAAAAAAAAUUACAUUAACGACAAAAUAGAGGAAAACACAAAUAAGCCACGUGACCUCUGGAAAAUUCUCAACAACCAGCUUCCCGGUCAGGCCAAAAACUUAAAACCAGACUCACCAACAUCAAGGAGGGUGACUCCCUCAUUACAGACAAAAUGGAGGUAGCAAGCAGACUUAAAACGCCUGUUUCACCAGCAUAGCCGCAACUCUUGUCAACAAGCUGUCCCACCACUCUGGUCGCUUUGGUGUAGAACACAUUAAAGCCUUCUACAGAAAGCUAGGAGUAUCGAACAAUGAUUUCAAAUUAGAAAUGGUCUCAGCGGAUGAGGUGCUUAAAAAAUUGAGCGCGCUCCACCCAAACAAGGCCACCGGCCUUGACAAUAUCCCCUCCAGAUUCCUCAGGGACUCUGCCUCCAUCAUUGCCCCAAUCAUCACGCACAUAACAAACCUCUCAAUUUCACAAGGCCAAGUACCAAAAGAUUUUAAGAUAGCAAGAGUAACUCCCCUCUUUAAAAAAGGAAGCAAAUUGGAACCUGGCAACUAUCGACCUGUUUCUAUUCUCAGUUCCAUUUCGAAAGUAAUGGUAAAAAAUAGUUUAUGAACAGGUCGAUGGUUACCUUGCCACCAAUAAACUCAUGUACAAAUUCCAAUCCGGCUUCAGAACUAACCAGUCCACUAACACAUGCCUUCUCUAUCUGACAGACCACAUCAAACAUGAGGUGGACGCGGGCAAAUACUGCGGCAUGGUCAUGCUGGACCUUCAGAAGGCCUUUGACACCGUUGACCACGCUAUACUGUUGGAUAAGCUCAGAGCAAUCGGAUUUGACAAAACCUCAUCGAGCUGGAUGCAAUCUUACUUGGAGGGGAGGGAACAGGUGGUAGAGGUGAACGGCACCGUGUCCCCCCCC